AUUUUCUGUUCUUUUACUUUACUGCAAAAACUUACAAUUGGUAUCAGAGCAUAAAUCAUCUUGAGGGGCCUGUGAGAGCAAAACAGAUUUAGAUUUUGGUGAGAGAGAGCAAACACGAGUGCUAGUGAGGGAGAGAAGCUGUGUAAACAAAAAACACAGCCAUGUCUUCAAACAAUUCUUCAUCACUUUCUAAUCCUCCAAUAUUCACAGGAGAAAAUUACAGUGUUUGGGCUAUCAAAAUGAAGGCCUUUCUAAAAGGUAAUGGUGUGUGGGAAUCUGUAGAAGAUGGGUUUCAUCCUCCUAUGCUGCCAAACAAUCCAACUGUAGCCCAAAUGAAGCAACAUGCUGACUAUGUUCAAGCCUCAUACAAAGCCCUCUCAUAUAUUCAUAGUGCUGUAACAGAUGAUAUUUUCUCAAGGAUCAUGGGAGCAGAAACAGCACAAGAAGCUUGGGAUACUCUUAAGAAAGAGUUUGAUGGCAGUUCUCGAGUUAAAGGUAACAAGAUUGUAACCCUCAAAAGACAAUUUGAGAUGCUGAAAAUGCAGGAGUCAGAAACAGUCCAUCAAUAUACAAAUAAAUUGAUGGAUGUUGUCAACCGAAUUAGACUUCAUGGUGAGGAAUUUCCAGAUCGAAGGGUGGUGGAAAAGAUUAUUGUUAGUGUACUAGAUAAAUUUGAGUCCAAGAUUUCUGCCAUAAAAGAAUCUUGUGACCUUAAAGAGCUAACCAUUACUGAGCUUAUAAGCAAGCUUCAGGCUCAUGAGCAAAGGCUGGUUAUGAAAGCUGAUGAAACCACAGAAGGAGCCAUCCUUGCAAGGCAAAAGGGAAAACAACCGGCCACUAGUUUUGAAAGCAAUAAGACCAAUGGUUCUAACCAAGCAUAUCAGUAGCAUCAACAAAGUAGAAAAGGGAGGUUUCCUUAAUGCUGUUAUUGCAGAAUCAAACCAUGAAGAAAAAGAUUGUUGGUUUAAAGAUAGAUCACAGAUUCAGUGCAGAUUUUGUAAAAAAUAUGGCCAUAUUGA